AUGCCACAGGUGUAUACAAACACCCAGCCAUACAGUCUGUAAACAUUUCUGAAAGAAAACUCACUGAAUUCAAAUGUGGUAUUGUAAUAAGUAACAUUGCAACAGGUCAGUUUGUGAAAUUAUUUCCCUCCUAGAUAUUCCAUGAUCAAAUGUGAUAUAACUGUGGUAUUAUAGAAAAGUGGAAGUGUUUCAGAACAACAGUAACUCAAUCAUGAAGUGGCAGACGAUGUAAGUGCUGAGGUUCAUAGUGCAUAAAAGUCACCAAUGUUCUGCUGACUCAAUUACUACAGAGUUCCAAUCCUCCUGUGGUAUUAACACCAGCAAAAAAAAAACUGCACCAGGACAAAGCACAACGCCCAGCGUCGGAUGGAGUGGUGAGAAGUGCACCACUACAGGGCUCUGGAGUAGUGCAAACAUGUUCUGUGGAGUGAUAAAUUAUGCUCCUUUAUCUGGCAGCCUGAUGGACGAGUCUGGGUUUGGCUGAUGCCAGGAGAACGUUACCUGCCUGCCUGCACUGUGCCAACUGUAAAGUUUGAACUUCCAUCUUUGAGGGAAGUUUGGGGAAAGGUCCUUUUCCGUUCCAAGAUGUGCCCCCGUACACAAAGAAAGGUCCAUAAAGGCAUGUUGGGUGGGUUUGAUGUGGAACAACUUGACUGUAACUGCACAGAGCCCUGACUUCAACCCCAUCCAACACCUUUGGGAUGAACUGUGAUUCCAGUCCAGGCCCUUUCACUGUCUGACCUCACAAAUGCUCUUCUGGAUGAAUGGGCAAAAAUCCCCACAGACACACUCCAACGUCAGUCCUUCCCAGAAGAGUGAAGCUGUUAUAGCUGCAAAGGCGGGACCAACUCCAUAUUAACGCCUGUGGAUUUAUAAUGGCACGUCAUAAAAGCUCCCGGAAGAGUGUCCCAAAACCAUGUAGGUGUCCCAAAACCUUUGUCCAUAUAGCUUCCCAAGAUUGGACUGGAUCUCUGCUGGUAUGCCAGCACUAACCACAAUGCUGUUUUCAACACACAAGACACUGUGGAUAAGUCACAGGUUUAAAAAUAAAAAUAAAAAUUUAAAACGUUAGGCAGAUCACAAUGCCAUUGGUUACAGCAACAACAAAAAAAGACGACCACUUACUCGCGAUUGAAAGGUUUGUUAUUAAGAAUAUUAAGGUUUGUUAUUAAAGGUCCUGACGGGUCUCGGUAUUUGGGAGUGCUGCAGUGACCGCUGGCUUCGCUGUGGAAUGGACGCACGCCAAAUACCGAUUGCUUGCGCGUGGCACCGCGUUAGCGCGCUUGUUUCACUGCAGUGCGCUCUGCCUCGCGCUGCAAAAUUCCUGAGCUGAUAGCGAACCUCGGGAUAUUACGCACUGCUCCAAUAGUCUCCUUCUGAUAUCACCUUUCCCCCCCUAUUGCUAUGUGAGGUUUCAGACAGCAAGUCACAGAACGACGAAAACAUGCUCAGUAAUCAUUUCAGAUUGUGUAUAUUUGAAAGGGUUGUUUUUUUUGUUUUUUGUUUUCUUUUUUAUAUUUAAAUGUUCACACAAUAUAAUUAACUUUGCUGUGCUAUCGCUUCAAACUGCUAUUGACAUUCGACUUGACGCCAUCAGAGGGAAAUAAACUGAGACUUGACACGCAAUAUAUAGCCGACCGCUGAUCAGCUAGCAAUAAAGUGCAACAACAUAAAAGAAAUCAUGGCCGCACAAAUGCUAUGGUAAAACGGUACCCUUAUCUUACUGUACUCUUCUGGAUUUCAGAAUAUUCCUCAGAUAUUCCUCAAAAUAUUCUAGUACCUUUGAUGUUUACGAUUCGCAGUCACUACUGUGUAGCCGUUUCAAGCGAUUCUUGACGGUCCAAUCCCGUGUAGAAAUUCUCUAAUUAACAUAAUUCCUCGCAUAGCACCAAUGAACUUGAGGUGGGCGUGGUCGGGUUUCCAGCGCCACUGUAGAACACUCGGAGCGUAAUUUGUCUCCCCACUUGAGAAUGGCGGCUGCUGCGUGCGGUGUGCACACCACGUCGAGCGCUUGUACAGGCAAACUACCCAGAGAGCAUCUACGAAAAAGUGGAGAUUCCCGGAGGAGACAAGCAGCGCUUCUGUUCCUUACUAAUAUAUCCCUUGACGGGCGUCCAUCGCUGCAGAUAAACGAUGCCGCUGCGGCGGGCCGGAGAGAUGCCGAAUGUGAAGGCACCGACGUUGGGUCCACGAUAACUGAACUGUCGCCGGCCUCAAGCACCUACGGGACCUUCCCCAACCUGUCGUCCUCCGGCGGCGGUGUGUGUCCCGUUCCCAGACUCGGGAUCUUGAAUGUUCCGCCAAUUCUCGUCCUGCCGUCUGAUUCGGAAUACGGUAGUGUGGGGAACACUGAAGUGGAAACGAGCGAGCAAGAGAGGGUGUCCGUUUCGUCGCAGGGGAAUCUUCUCUCGCCAUCCAGCCUUCAGCCCACUCCACUGGGAGCGCGAAAGUCCCCGACGCUGCUCUCCGUCCAGAGUUGCAGCUCGUCUUUGGAGGCUCGACAAAGGACCCGUAACGUGUCUGGCUCCUCUCGGCCACGCUCCUUGAAGAAAGUUCACUUCAUUAAGAGCAUGCGGCAGUAUGACACCAGAGGUAGCAGGAUCGUGCUCGUCUGUGCGAAGGGAUCACUGUGUGCUGCCUUUUCUGUGCUGCCAUAUGGAGAGAGCUUCCACAUCAGUGACCCUGCGCUGACCAACCAGCGGCGGAGGCACUCGUCUGGAGGAUUCUCCACUACCCUCGAGAUGCUUCCUGGCUUGGAGGGGGUGGAGCUCGGCAUGUACGGAAGAACGAUAUCCUAUGCCCAGUUCUUGUACCCCACGAAUGCUUUGGUCAGUGACAAAGCGCCAGACAUGGCAUUGCAGAUGCCCUAUUCCAGAAACAGCAUCCCACGAAGCUACCCUUCAUCACGCCUGAGCAGCACUGUGGGCCUCAACCUGGGUCUGGAUGACUCUGAGUAUGACCCCAACCUGCUGAGUGACCCCCAGUGGCCUUGCGGGAAGCACAAGAGAGUCCUGAUAUUUGCCUCCUAUAUGACAACAGUGAUUGAGUAUGUGAAACCAUCGGAUCUGAAGAAAGACAUGAAUGAAACCUUUAAGGAGAAAUUUCCUCACAUCAAGCUCACACUCACCAAGAUCAGAAGCCUAAAGAGAGAGAUGCGGGAGGCUGGGGAGGAGUGCGGCCUGCAGCCGGCCUCCGUGGCUGUGGCCUUCGCCUACUUCGAGAAGCUCGUCCUGCAGGGCCGCCUGAGCAAGGCCAACCGCAAGCUGGUGGCGGCUGCCUGCCUCCUGCUGGCAGCCAAGAUCAGCAGCGACCUCAGGAAACAAGAGGUCAAACAGCUUAUCGACAAACUGGAGGAGAGGUUCCGCAUUAGCAGGAGAGAGCUGAUCUCCUUCGAGUUCACUGUACUGGUGGCUCUGGAGAUGGCCCUCUAUCUGCCUGAGAGCAAAGUCAUGCCCCACUUCCACCGCCUGGUGCAGCAGCCCUGAGCCUGCAGCACCACCCACCCCAGCCAGAGCUGGGCCACGGGAUCAGAGAGGCUAUGGAGACCGGCCUCAGGGAAGGUUUCAGGCCAACACUAAGUGCUUGUAGGUUAUAGUUAACAUAUAUAUUUUUUGCUUUUUAUAUUCACAUGGGACAUGUGAGGGAAAUGAUAUGACAUAUUAGUUACGAGGCGGCUUUAAAUCAACUCCAAACACUCAAAUAACAAGGGAAGAGUUUUCCCACAUCCUGUGUGUGUGUGUGUGUGUGUGUGUGUGUGUGUGUGUGUGUGUGUGUGUGUGUGUGUGUGUGUGUGUGUGCGCGUGUGCACGCUAUUGACAUGAUUGUGACAAAAAUAACUUCUAUUUUUAAUUUAAAGUAGAACUAUCCUUGUAUAGACACUUCUUUGAAAGUAUAUUUACAGCCACACUGAAACAGCCUGUAUAAUUUACUGUUACUAUAAAUUAUUAUACAUCCAGGCAUUUCCUGCUUUUAACCAAUUCAUGGUGAAAAGACUCAUUUGUAUAAUGUUAUGCAAUAUUUGAGGGGGUUUUUUUCUGUCACUGGUACAACACCACUGUCCCACCAGUGUGCACUGUUUGACUGUGUUCUGUGUUGAGACUUUUAAGAUGUUUCGCAAAGCCUCUGAUUGGAAGACAAAAAAUUACAUAUUUACAUUUCCAAUGUAAAUGUAAAUUAGAUGCUCUACAUUAGAGCUGAUUCAGACUAAAGCACAUUUGCCGUGCUUCAGUGUUCUAUUUAAUUCUUUUAAUUUACUUGUUUUUCCAGAGACUUAUAAUAUGUACUGUGUGCCCUUAUCCUCUUUUCCACACUAUUUCUAUCCACACUAAUUCUUAUGGCUCCAUGAGUUCCACACAUUUCAGCCUUUAUUAAGGAACAGCUUUAUAGUGUACUGUGUGCAAUAAUUAUUUAAUGUGGUGGCCAACACACACUGUUCAGUACUUCCUCUUCCAUUAGUAUACACACAAAAAACACAAAAAUAGGAAGCAUUUACGCUGUACAUUUUACGUGUGGAAAAUAUUAUAUUUGACAUUCGUAAUAUAUAAUUGAAACACUUUCUCAUCUUGCUUUGUGACACAGUGGUCAGUGGUGUGAGUAGCUCUGGUGACACUGAUAGCCUUGUCACUAUGAAGCUGUUUACUUUGCCUGUCAGUGUGAAAGAUGGUGCCAUUUUCUAGCUGAUCUAAGAUUAUCUUAUAGCAAAAAUCACCAAAAGGAGAAUUGCUUACAAGUCCCCAUAAACUAACAAUUCUCCUGUACACGCUUGUGUUAAUAACGGCUCACUUUUUUCUUCAACUUCUGAUUUCCAAUACAUAUCGUUUUCUAAUGUUUAUUGGCUUGUUAUAAUUUACAGUACCAAUAACUGAAUGCCGUAUGCUCCUGCCAUAGAUACUGUGACCUUCAGAAACUACAGCAAAUUGAGAACGCUUGCACUUUAGGAGGAUGGUCUGGAUUUAUGCUGUCCCAUAGAACUAUUGUCCCAGUGAGGAAUACGGUCCCAUAACUGCCCUUCCUCUGGCUUUCUGGAGUUUGUGGUAAAUGCACAUACCACAGUGGUUAGUAGGGGCAGUCAAUCUUCUAAUAGGGCUCAGAGGAACUGGUCCAAGCUUUUCUUUCUGUCCAAGAUGGUUUGCAUUAUGCUGUAGUUUACAGUGUCUUUGCAAAAAUAGAACCUGUGUUCACGGUCGUAGGACAAAGAAUUUCAAAUGCCAUCUUGUGGUAAACACUGGCAAUAACCAUAUGUAUGACGUCACUGCGGGGAAAAGAUGAAUUCAUGGCAGUCGUUUGUUUCCCCUCAUCCUGUACGUGCAAAUUCCUCAUUGUUAGAUCUGUCUGUAUAUUUGUGCACUUAAAUACCUUUUUUUUUUUGGUUUGAGAAUGACUUGUGACCAUGAGAGAGUCACUGUUAGCAGACUAGUGAAAUUCAAGAAAGCAGUCUUUUUGAAUGAGGCUUUUUUUUUUUGCUCUAGGUUCACCUAGACAGGGAUUCAAAGACUAGUAAGUGCCUGAGAGAAUUAAAUGAUUUGUAAGUGGGAGACAACAAAUAAAGUCUGAAUGCCAAAUCUAAAUGAGAUAAUCAGUGAAGCAUUACACUGUGAUUCUUCUGUGAUUAAUCCCUGACAGUCACACUGUUGUCAUAAUUUUAAGUAAUGCAAUAAGUAGGCAGUAGAAUUUGAAGCUUUAAAGUAUCCCUCAGUGUGUUUAGCAACUCUUGCAGUCUGCUGGUCACUUCUGCCCACCUAGUCCAGUACUGGAGUCCCAGUCCUGCUGUGGUGUGGCACAGCAUAUGGGUUCUAGAACCAGCAGAGUCAUGUUGGGGUAGUUACAGAGGUACAAGAAAUUGGAAAGGCUGUUCAUUUAGAGUUCCAGUUUGAUAGUCUUGUAUAGUCUUCCGCUUUUCUAAUAUCAUGUACAAACUAUAUUUGAAUAGUAGUAUGAGAAAGAUUUCUGCUGUUUGUUUUGCUUGGAAACAUUUAUUUUUUCCACUUCACUUGAUUUUAUUCUGUUUGCUUUUUCCUGUAAUGUAUGCAUACUAUCAUACGUAUUGUACUUGUAUGAUAAAUACUGUGUAUUUGUUGUUGUUGUUGUUGUUGGUUUGUAUAAUAUACCACAAAAGAGCACUUUGGAAAUAUAUUUUCUGAUUUCACUA